UGCAGUGGAUUUUACGCUACCGCCACCGCGAGUUGCAGGAGGCGCGCAUGCGCACUGACCACAAGCGGCCGGUCUUUAAAAAAAAAGAAAAAAAAAGAGAGAGAGAGAAAAAAAAGGAUUCCUUAUGCCAACCGAUGUAAUCAAGGCGAAGAAUUAUCUCUUAUCUCUGGGCAUACAUGGUGAUAUUCCCAUGGGAUCAGAGAGGAUGGAGAUGCGAAAGAGGCAGAUGUCGGGGCAGCAGGAGCUGGUGGCGGGAGGCACAACGACGGGAACGGUGCCAGCCCAGCCCGAGCAGGCUGGUCAGGGCGAGCGUGCCUCUAACGCCUGCUGUUUCUGCUGGUGCUGCUGCUGUAGCUGCUCAUGUCUCACUGUUAGGAAUGAAGACAGGGAGGAGAGGAACCGGAAAGCCUCGCACGACAUCAAAGCUGAGGACCCUGGUGACUGCGAGGAGAGUCCAAAGCCCACUAUGGAUGAAGUGUGCUCAUGGGGGCAAUCCUUUGACAAGUUGAUGCGUUGUCCCGCUGGACGUUGCGCCUUCCGGCAAUUUCUGCGCACCGAGUUCAGCGAGGAGAACAUGCUCUUCUGGCUAGCCUGUGACGAGUUCAGCAAGGAGACCAAUAAGAGCGUCAUCAAGGAGAAGGCACGCCUCAUAUACGAGGACUACAUUUCCAUCCUGUCACCCAAAGAGGUGAGCCUGGAUUCACGCGUUCGGGAGGUAAUAAACAAGAACAUGCUGGAGCCCACGUCUCACACGUUUGACGAUGCCCAGCUCCAGAUUUACACGUUAAUGCAAAGAGACUCGUACCCACGCUUCAUGAACUCCCCCGUCUACAAAAACCUCCUCAAGAGCGUCUCAGAGCAAUGUCCGGAAUCCUAAAUCUCUGUGAUCCCACUCGAAUUCUCCCUUACUCUUCUUCUUUUUGGGUUCCUUUUUCAUCACGUGGAGUUUGGUUUUUAAAAAAAAGAAAAAAAAAAGAAAGAAAAACAAAAAAAAGGACCUUACUGUGGGUCCUCCCAGGGAUUUUACCACAUUAGAGAUUCUGUACCUGAACAAGACACUCAGGUCUCCAGGUCACUGGAUUGUCAAACAAUGUCUCAAAUCUCCUGAGGGCUCAAUACCACAAGUACUGCUACGAAUCAACAUAGCAAGAAGCUCCAAAGGAUUAUCAGCGCAUUUUCAUCUUUCGAAGCGAAAGCGUCUCUUUUAUUCGUUUUGAAUCGUCGCAAUUACAAA